AUGGAUCUCUGGUCCUCUGAAGAAUGCCUAGUGGUGAACUUCAGCGUGACUCUCUGUGUUAACAAAGGGAUUUUCAAUAGUCACAUCGGUAGAGUAGAGAGGAAGAAGGGGACAGGUAUUUAUGGGGGUCAUCAAUCUCCCCUAACAGGUCAACGUCAUGACAAGUGUGAUUUGAAUCUUUGCAGGCUGGCAGGCUGUGGAGUCACAGAGGAAGGCUGUGCUCCUCUGGUCUCAGCUCUCAGUUCAAACCCCUCACACCUGAGAGAGCUGGAUCUGAGUAACAAUGACCUGAAGGAUUCAGGAGUGAAGCUGCUCUCUGAUGGACUGGGGAAUCCCCACUGUAAACUGGAGACUCUGAGGCUGUCAGGCUGUCUAGUCACAGAGGAAGGCUGUGCUUCUCUGGUCUCAGCUCUCAGUUCAAACCCCUCACACCUGAGAGAGCUGGAUCUGAGCUACAAUCACCCAGGAGACUCAGGAGUCAGACUGCUCUCUGCUAGACUGGAGGAUCCACACUGCAGACUGGAGAAACUCAAUGUGGAACAUGGUGGAGAGAACAGAAUGAAACAUCGGCUUAGAAAAUAUGUCUGUGAUCUCACACUGGACCCAAACACAGUAAACAGACUCCUCUCUCUGUCUGAGGGGAACAGAAAGGUGACAUGUAGGAGAGAGGAGCAGCCGUAUCCUGAUCACCCAGAGAGAUUUGAGGACUAUAGACAGGUGCUGUGUAGAGAGGGUCUGACUGGGCGCUGUUACUGGGAGGUAGAGUGGAGUGGAGGGGCUGAUAUAGGAGUGACAUAUAAAGGAAUCAGCAGGAGAGGAUGGGGUAAUGACUGUUGUAUUGGAUACAAUGACAAGUCCUGGAGUCUGUUCUGCUCUGACAACAGUUACACUGCCUGGCACAAUAAUAAACUCACUACCAUAGACGUCCCCUCCUCCAGCUCCCACAGAGUAGGAGUGUAUCUGGACUGGCCAGCCGGCACUCUGUCCUUCUAUAGAGCCUCCUCUGACAUACUGACCCACCUGAUCACAUUCACCUCCACAUUCACUGAGCCCCUCUAUCCAGGGUUUCAUCUUUGGGGUCGGGGCGCCUCAGCGUCUCUUUGUCAGGUGGUCCCUGUGUCAAACACAACAUGAUGUUUCACUCUAAUCAUGUUCAGUAAGACACACUGGAGCAACAAUGUAGCAUAUCUCUCUGGUCAUGAGUUAAAAUGUUAUUAUUACAGCUAAAUAUUCAUGAUUUUACACCACUUAUGUUAAUAGUCAUUAAUAGAUUGAAUCACCACACUGUGUUGUAGAAACUGGUUUCAUUAAUAGAAUGAAUCACCACACUGUGUUGUAGAAACUGGUUUCAUUAGUAGAAUGAAUCACCACACUGUGUUGUAGAAACUGGUUUCAUUAAUAGAAUGAAUCACCACACUGUGUUGUAGAAACUGGUUUCAUUAAUAGAAUGA